AUGGGCCUCAAGGUCAUCGCACUGGUGUCGGGCGGGAAGGACUCGUGCUUCGCGCUCAUGGAGUGCGUGCGCAUGGGCCACGAGAUCGUGGGACUCGUGAACCUCCUCCCCGCGGACUCGGACAUCGACGAUACCAACUCGUGGAUGUACCAGACGGCAGGCCAUGGUGUCAUUGAAGCUUACGCGCGGUGCAUGCAGCUCCCCCUGCUCCGGCGCCGCAUCCAGGGCGCCGCGGCGAACACGCAGCUCGCCUACGCCACCACCGACGGCGACGAGGUCGAGGACCUCACCGUCGCCCUCGCGCACGCAAAGCGCCGCUUCCCGGAGGCCACCGCCGUCUGCUCCGGCGCCAUCGCCAGCGACUACCAGCGCACGCGGGUCGAGAGCGUUGCCAUCCGGCUCGGACUCACGCCGCUGGCGCCGCUGUGGCGCCGCGCGCAGCUCAGCCUUCUGCCGGCCAUGUUGGAAGCGCACGUGCAUGCGAUCCUCAUCAAAGUGGCUGCGAUCGGCCUGGUGCCGAGCCGCCACCUCGGCAUGAGCCUGCAAGAGGCCGAGGAGGAGCUCCUGCGCCUGCGCGCCAAGUACGGGAACAACGUGUGCGGGGAAGGGGGGGAAUACGAGACGCUCGUGCUCGACUCCCCCCUCUUCACGGGUGGACGCAUCGCGGUCGGCGACUCCGCGGGCGAGGUCGUGCUGCCUGAUCCGGACCCGUACGCACCCGUCGGGCUGCUUAAACUGACGAAGUGGAGCGUUGAGGCCAAAGACACGGACAGCGCACACAACCAGGACGCCGUCGUGGAGGAGAUCACGGACGACAUGGGCGCCGCAGCGGUGCAGGAAAUCCUUGGAUCAGCCAGCGAGGUUUCGUCGCCGCGGAAUGCCGGCGCGUUCGACGUGCGCCCGUGGGCGGCGCAGGGCGGCGGGUUUGUCCGUGCGGGAUGUGCGGUCGAGGGCGGGCGCGGGGCGGAGAGUGCCGCUGCGGCCGUCGAGUUCGCGCUCAGAGCAGCGAUCAGCGAGGCCACGGAGCUCGCGGGCUGCGGUAUCGAGCGCGCUGCUUUCGUGCAAAUGACGCUGCGCGACAUGGCCACGUUCGCGGCGGCCAACGGCGCGUACUGCCAGCAGAUGCCCCAAACGCUGCCGCCGUCGCGCGCCUGCGUCGCAACCGGAGCCGGCACUCCCAUCGCCUCCGUCGAAAUUCUGCUACCCCUGGACGGCGGGCGGGACCGCAGGCAGCUGCCGCGCCGCGUGCUGCACGUUCAGAGCGUGUCGCCGUGGGCGCCCGCCUGCAUCGGACCCUACUCGCAAGCCACGGCGCUCGGUCCGCUCAUCCACAUAGCCGGCCAGAUCCCGCUGGAUCCUGCCUCCAUGGAGGUGUGCACGCGUCUGCCUGGAGACGCGGGACAGGCCACGCCAGCGUGGGCAGCACACAUUGCGCAGCACGCCGGCCUCGAACGCGACGCCGCGGGGCCCCUGCUCGCGGAGCUCGAGCGCGCCCUGGUGAGUACGCAAGCUGUCGCGGUCGCAGCUGGCGGCGACGUGUCGUCGGGCCUCCUGUCGGCAACUUGCUGGUGUUCACCGGACGCCGCCAUUGGGCGGCGGUCUCCGGGGGCGAGGCGAACGGCUUGCGAGAUGGCCGUCGCGUCGCUGCUCGACGGGUCGCUCAUGGCCACGUCGCGGUACUCGCCGCUGUCGGCCGCGACGGAGUACGGUGGAGGCGCGCUCUCGGAUGCCACGGACUCCGGCAGCGAGGAAGCCGACUUCGGGUUUGGCUGGGAUCCGUCCCGGGAUGCGCGCAAGGGUGGCCAAGGUGCGAGCGCCGCUGGGGAGCGGCGCCCGGGCGAGGUGGCUGCGCAGGCUCCCGAGCCGAUGUCGCAGAGUGCGCGGGGUGCGCUGGUGAGGGAGCUGGGCCUGGAGGGGGACUUGGGGGAGUUUUGGACGCCGCAGAAGGCGGCGAGCUGGAGGAGAGGAUGGAAGCCGCUGCUGGUGUGGUGCGAGGUGCCGCAGCUGCCCCGCGGAUGCGCAUUCGAGAUCCAGCCAGUGCUGGCGGAGCCAGCGUUCCAGGGGCACGUGCCGAGCGAGUCGACGCGGAGCAGCAGCGACGAGGGCGCACGCGAGCAGACAGGCUGCUGUCCGGCGUGGCUGAGGGACGCGAGGCGUGGCGACGCCGUCGAGGAGGCGGGUGCGGGUGCUGUAGCCAUGCAGUGCUUGGUUUCGCGCGGGAGGUUCGCGAGAGCGCACGUCGGCGUACGUUUCCGAGAAGGUCAAGGUGCGGACGCGGACGCUGCAUCUUUGGGUGCGACGGCGGCGCGGAUGGUGGCGUCCGCCGCAGCGGAGGCGGGCUUGUCGCUGCCCGCAUCCAUCGCGCUCUUGCGGACGACACGAGCCGUCUCCUCGCCUGGCUGCGAGGCGAACGCCAUGCGGGAGCUGUGCGAGGCGUUCGCGAAGCCUCUGGGCACGGCUCUGCCGCCCCCGAUCGCGGCCACGGCCGUCGGGCACGACCCAUCUAUGCUGGAUGACGUCAUGAUCGAAGUCUUAAUGUUCCAUCCUGAGAUGACGGCCACCAGCUAG